UACAUGGGCGACGUAAAAGCCACGAACGCCAAGUUGGGUUUGUAUUCGUCUCGGUAUGAGGCACGUGACUUUACAUGAAAGUCGUGUGUGCUUAGUACCAUAAGGAGUUUGAAAAAAAUAGAACUACCACAGGAAGACAUGAACAUACGGAGCCAAAAUUGUAGAAGCGGAAAUAUGCUAUAUCCCAUCCACUGUAAACUAUUGAUUUAAAGCCUUUAUAUCUUAAUUAAACACAGAAUCUGCUCUCUACCACCACAUUCAUUCUCCCUGAGUUCGUCGAAUCAUAAAUAAACUCUAAAAACAGAAUUUCUAACGUAGUUUUACUUGGUUGUAAUAGGCAUAUUAAUUCUAUAUAAUAACGACAAAUAAGAAUCAAGCCAAUGGUCUUGGAAAAGAAAACAUUUGUACUGGCAUAAAUGCUCUCAAUAGAUGUAUAAAAAUAUGCUUAUACUACUAGAUAUUUCCCUGCACGCCAAGUCAUAAAAUGGCGUGGUAAAAUAGCUAGCAUAGCAUAAUGUAGAGUAAUUAUUAGCAUUUGAUCCGUUAUCGAAGUUUAAAUGCGAUAACUUAUUUUUUUUAAUUUUAUUUUACGACUAGUACCAAUACUGCUAUUAGCAUAAUAUUAUUAAUACUGUUUAAACAAUGUAAUUAGUGAAACUCUUGUAACGACACAAGUUAACUGAGAAACAUCCCUAGGUGUUGUGGCAUGAUCCGAGAAGAUUUGGCCAUUGUGUAUGAGUGUGUGAGAGAGCGAGAAAGGGGGGAGAGAGAGAGGGAGAGAGAGAGAGAGAGAGAAAGAUAGAGAGAGGGAUAGAAAGACUGAGAGACUUCGCGGACAAUGGCGGAAAAUUGAAGGUAUAUUUGCAAAAGCUGUGGUUCCUUAUCCGGGGACUACAUCGCCCCAUGCCAUUGGGCCAUCGUAUCACGUGGUAAAAGUAACUUUACAGGGUUGCUCGCUAGUAGGAGGGCUUUAUGGAGCAGAAAAACGACAAAGCUAGAAAAAUUAUUUUCCACUCCAGAAAUUAAUGAUCAUGAGCUCGUAUUUGAUGGACUCUAACUACAUCGAUCCGAAAUUUCCUCCUUGCGAGGAAUAUUCGCAAAAUAGCUACAUUCCCGAACAUAGCCCCGAAUAUUACAGCCGUGCAAGGGACAGUGGCUACCAGCAUCACCACCAGGAGUUAUACCCUCCGCGGGCAAGCUACCAGGAGCGUCAGUAUAACUGUGCAAGCAUCCCUGAGCCUGAUACUCAAAGAGGACAUGGACUUCCUCACGCGGGGCACCUGCUCGGAAAAGGGCAAUCUGCCUCAUGUGAGCCCCCACCGUUACCCCUGUCUCCUGCCACCCCUCCGGCUGCAUCCUCCGCCUGCAAUCAAGCCACCCCGGAGCAUCCCAACAGCUCAGCCUCUGCCAAACAACCCGUCGUGUACCCAUGGAUGAAGAAAAUUCACGUCAGCACCGUCAACUCUAGUUACAAUGGAGCGGAACCCAAGCGGUCUAGAACUGCUUACACUCGCCAGCAAGUCUUAGAAUUGGAGAAGGAAUUCCACUAUAAUCGGUACUUAACACGGCGAAGACGUAUCGAGAUUGCUCAUUCCUUGGUCCUCUCGGAGAGGCAAAUCAAAAUUUGGUUUCAGAACCGCAGGAUGAAGUGGAAAAAAGACCAUAGGCUGCCAAACACCAAAGUCAGAUCCUCGUCCUCCACGGGCAUUUCCUCCGGGUCCAACACAAGCUCAGCGGCUGCAGGCGUUGUGGCGGCAGCUUCCACCACUAACACCAUGUCAGCCUCCGAGGACCUCUCCGGAACCGAGCGUGGCGAGGAUAUUACAAGGUUAUAAGAGAACUAUUUCGAGGAGAGACGGGAAGAUCAAAUGACUGAUUAUUUAUAAAAUAUAAUAUAUUUUGUUUUCGUAGGUAUCUUGUGCGUAAAGGGGGUUCCUUUAAGUCCACAGUUAUAUAAAAUGCAUGUUAUAUAGCAUGGAUUAUUGCGAAUACCUAUGGAUUCUUUUCUACGCGAAACAGGGUUUAAUUUAUCGAAAAACUGAAUCAAUAUGAUGUUUGUUUGUUUUUGUUUUUUUUCUUUUCAUUUUCCAAGAGAAAUGUUUUGGGCGAAGCAGGUUAUGGACAUUUUAUUCAAAUGUUAUUUGUGGGCCUUUCUUUGCCCAGCUGCCAAGGUGAAGUGCACAACGAAUCUAUUUAUUUCUCACUUGAGAGAGCUGGUACGUUUUUUUGUACUGUAAAUGAAAAACACUAUCGUGGGUAUCGAUAGAAAAAAAUAUCUUUGUUUUCUUUAAAAGUAAAUCAUGCUGUGGGGUUAUCUGUCGUAUGGAAAGGUUAAGACUUUAAAUUAUCAUUUAGUUUUUUGUUGUGAUGGCGUUGUGUUUAGGCUAUUAACAGCAGAUUGUUGUGAGAUGCAAUAAAACCAGUUUAGUGUAUUUGUGCUAAUUAUAUUGGUCAAUAAAACGUAAGUGUCUAUUAGUUUUA